AUGAACCCACACUUCCUUACGCUAGAUAUUAAUCCCCCACCAAAAGUUAAUAAAAAAGCAUGCAUUACUAUAGAAAAGGACAUUCAAAGAACAAUUACCACGCAUUCUAAUGAGUCCACAGUAUCAAGCAGAAUGAUAGAGGCAUACACAGAAUUUGUACAGAAAUUAAAUUUAGAAAGAACUGUGCAUCUAGCAGGGGCUGUUUCUGAAGAGAUUCAAAGGAUAGUUGAGCUAAUUAUAGAGCACGAAGUAAAAAGUCCUCGUUUAAAGAUAAUAAUACUUUUAGAGCACAUUUCAAAAACAGCCCCAUCCGGGAUUAAUGCACUGAAAUUACUUGAAUCCUCAAGGAAUAGUUUAAUUAACAGAUUUAAUCUCUACAAAAAUGCGUAUAACUUAGAAAUAAUCCAUAAAAACAGAAGGCUCUUCAAUUAUUCCCAUAUAUUAGAAAGUCUUUGGCGGUUUCACAGGGAGUACAAGUAUUUCUUAUCCAUUCUCAUGAAUCUUGUGCAUUCUGUUGAGAAGUGCACUGAUUUAUACUCUAAGACUCACACAGAAAAAUCCGAGAUGCUUAAUAUUCUAAAAAAUUCAGACAUGUACACAGAAAUAAUUAAUCUGAACAGCAGAGUAUCCCACUGUAUAAAUAAUUCCACAGAAGUUAAAGUUAGCGACAUAAAGUUGCUUAAAGGGUUUAUAACAUACUAUGGUGAAUUAGCAUAUAUUUCUUAUGGCGUAUACGGGUAUGGCACGUACGAUUUACUACUUCUUUUCUAUGAGUUAUUUGAUAAGAGUGGCAAUAUCAAAUCUACUUAUAGGAUGCACUAUCUCUUGCUAGUUAUAGAUAUGCAUGUAAACCAAUUCAGUAACAAGAACUUCUCAACAAUUUGCAAGAAUACGCUACUAAUCAAGAAUACUCGCAUAAAAUCCUUUCUAAACACAAAUUAUUCAAGAAUCAGGUACAUUAUACUUCCGUGUACUCAUAAAUUAUUUGGGUGUUUACUAAUCCACAUAUUUAUCACAAAUAUUCUACAAAAACUAUUCGUAUUUAUAAAUUCCCUACAAACACAUAACAAGUUCAGCAUAAUAACUAAUUUAUACAUACUCAUAUUUAUGGUAUUUUUAUAUACAGCAAGCAUUAUAUGUACAGGAUAUUUCAUUAGAAUGAAUGUAAUCAUUGAUUAUACCUACAGGAAGAGUACAAAAUGGGUUAUAAGAUACUUUACAGAUAUAAUUAUAAUUAUUACAACCAUAAUAAUUUCUGUUAUUCAAUGGAAGUAUCAGAUUAUUAUUAAGAGUGUAAUUAUAAAAUAUUUAACGGUUUUUUCAAUCGUUACAUCAUUUACUUUUAUUGUUUUAGACAGAUUAUUCAGAUUAUUACCUAUUUUUAUGUUUAAUAAGAAAAAGAAAGGCAUCCUCACAUGUACGUACUUAUGUGUGCAUCUUCUGUGUACUGUAAUAUAUUAUUAUAAUUAA